ACUCGACACUACUUUAGUUUAUAAUUUAAUCUAAUUUGUAAUACCAUCAUUCUUUUAAAAUUAAGAUAUUUCGUUUUACAAAAUGGCUUCAAAGGACGAAGUUGAGGAGGCAAUAAGUCAAACAAUUGACAACCUCCACCAACCCUACCUCGUUAUUGGAAAGAAGAAGGAGCACAACCCUUUGGAAGAGUUUUGGAUGAACAAAUUGGAAGCCAUCGAAUCUCAGUAUGAUCAGCACAUUGUCAAAUUGGAAAGAGCACUGCUGGACAAUAGAGUCAAUAAGCGACGACUCAUUAAAAAAGAUGAUCAAAUCACAAGGUUGAAGGGUGAGUUGGACGAGAAAAGUAACAAAUUAGAAAAACUUGCUGCAACAAAAACUCAUCUUCAGGAUGAACUUUCCCUGAAAUCGUACAAGACAACAAUACUCGGCCAAAGUCUGACCAACACCGAAGAGUUGAGACAAAAAGUACUCAAAUCCCUGGAAUCCGAACGAUUUGAAAGAAUACAACGUGAAAAGGAGUUGGUAUCAUUGAAACAUCAGUUAAUCAAAUUAGAGCGAGACAAGAAAUACUUAUUCAACGAUGUUUCCAUCAAAGAAGGUGAGCGACGCCGUGUCGAAGACGAAAAUGCCCAACUUGCCCAAAACAAGUACAACUUGAUAAAGAAUCUCACCGAAAUCGACCAGGAACGUCGAAUUCAGGCAGAAGUGAAUCUCAAGCUGGUCCAAGAUGUUGGGGAACUCCUUCAAGGGUGCAAAACAAGAGAGUACACCCUCCUCAAACAGAGGACAGAUAUAAACUUAAUGCUGGAGCACAUGAAGCAGAAACGGAAAGAACAGGAGGAAACGCUUCGAAAACUUGGGAUUCAACAGAAACGAAUGCAAGAGAUGCAUCAUGGUCAAAAGGUGUCAAAAGAGACGAUGGAACAUUUGGAAAGACAAGUCAUGCAUUGGAAAGAAGAGUUUCAAUUCAAAGAAAACGUUAACCAGACGGCCUCAUUGCAAAUCAAGGAUCUCCAUCGCGAAAACAGCCAGCUUCGAUGUCAGCUCGCUGUUUUACGAGAAAAACUAAAUUUUAAUGAAAGUCACAUGAAAUCGUUGGACACGGAGAAAAGACGAACGGAAAUAGAGCUUGAGAAGGCCAAAGGUCAAGCACGGUCUGUCCACCUUUUAAUGUGCAGAAAUGAGAUUGUGAAGCAAAAGUUGUCCAAAAGAGUAUGGAAAGCACAUCCUCACGUAAAGCAAUUGUUAGACGAAUCCCGAGGUAGCACUAAAUGGCGUGAUAAUGGUGAAAUGUCCACAUCAAAAAGUAAAAAUCAAGCUUCUCGCGAUAGUUACAAUGAGAUUCGAAGCUACAAAAAGAAAAUAUGGGAACUCGAAAAACAAAAGCGAAAUUUAGAAAUGAAGCUUAACGAACUUGGUGGAAAGCAGAAUAAAUUGCGAUUCCAGCUCAAAAAAUUCGACGGGAUGGAGAAGCAAGUUUUAUGGGCAGAGAAAGGCAUGGUAAAACUGGAAGGUGACCGCAACAGACUUGAGGACUUGAUGAAAUCCAUGGCGUUAAACGUUCCCAAAAAACUUCCCUUUGCAAAAUUGGUCACUGAUCCGUCAAUUCUCGAUCGAAUGGCAAACUAUCAAGUUUUACAGAAACGGUUGUUACAACAAACUGAGAAAGUUGAGUCGCUCAAAAAGAGUGCUAUUAAAGUCAUGGAGUACCGCAAAUUACAGUUCGAAGACGAGGAAACUGAUAAGCGGCAAGAACUUCCGAAAUGGAAACUAGCUCGGUGGAAAGAUUCUUCCUCUGAGGACACAUUGGCUGACGUUGAUCAACAACCAUUUGACGACCUACAACAACCCCCAGGCCUGUCCACCACCAUGACAGACCGGAAAUACUACAAGGACUACAUGAACUAUCUUGACACUGAAAUACCCGUUAUCAAACAGAAAAUUGCUGUUUUGGAGAGAAAGCAGCAUUACCAUCAGCAACAGCUCCUGGACGCUGAGGAGAAGGCAAAGUCUGCAUCAACUGCUGGGAGAGUACGUCAUUCGGACGAAGAUAUUUGGAAAGAGGAGGAAGACGAGGUGGAAGGUGGUGGAAAUGGUAGUGGAGAUGACGACGAGGACGAUGAAGGAGGGCUGGCCGCCGUGGUCAGCAUUGACGAACCCUUGAGUGCUCGAAGAGAGUCGUCCCCUUCUGCAAAAAUUGAGGAGGAAGCGACCAGCAGGGUUGCUUCAGCAGAAGGAGAUAGUGAGGAAGACGAUUAACUAGGCAAAAAUCACACGAAUUAAUUAAUUGAAUAACUAGAAAAUUAUAUGGUGCAUGGCUAGCUAACCAAGCAACUAUAGAGUGCUACAAAACUGUCUUAAACUAGAAUUAUGGAUGAUGAUUUAAUAAAGGAACACUGAAAAGUAUAUCGAGUGAAGCUGUUUAAGUAUGUUUACUUAUUUAUUGCAUAUAGAUAUAUAUACUGUGAGUUUCAAACAUAGUCACACUGAAAGAAAACCUGAGGGUUUAUCAUUCCCUAUAUGUACGUUCGUAGUUAGUGGCCGUUCUCGAUUUGCCAAAAAAAACAUUUAUUUAUUCGUACCAUUUAUACACAAGUUUA